CAACACACAAACUCUGGGAGGAGAAGAAGAAGAAGAAGAAGCAGCAGCAGCUUCGGGGCUCGAUCGUUGCUCUCAUCACAUCAAGACGCAUUCAGGCAGUUCAGCUAAAAUAAGUGACGCUUGCAAUGAUUACACCGUCAAUCUGUGGUUUCACAGUAGACACGCCGGAGCUGCAAUGAAGGCAGGGGCCUCGUCCAUGUGGGCUUCAUGCUGUGGUCUGCUGAAUGAAGUCAUGGGUACUGGGGCCGUCAGAGGCCAGCAGCCAGGGUUUGGGGCCGGCGCUGGACCCUUCAGAUUUGCCCCCAGUGCGGGAUACUCCACAUACCCGCCCACCAGCUCAGGAAGUCCCAGUCUUGUAUGCAAGGCCUGUGGCCAGGCCUUCUCAGUCUUCAGGAGGAAGUAUAUUUGCUGCGACUGCAAGAAGAGCUUCUGCUCUCUGUGCUCCGUGCUUCAGGAGAAUCUGCGCAUUUGUUCCACAUGUCAUUUGCUGAAGGCAACGGCUUUCCAGCGGCCGCGGCUCAUGCGUCUAAGGGUCAAGGACCUGCGGCAGUACUUGCUGCUUCGUAAUAUCCCCACCGAUACUUGCAGGGAAAAAGAAGACCUGGUGGACCUGGUGCUCUGUCACCAAGGCAUUGAAGAGGAGGAGGACCCCGACACAGGCAGCCUCCACUCACGGUCCCUGUAUACGCCGACCCCUUCUACCACGCAGUCUGCCUCAGAGCUGUCAGCUUUCGCCGCCUCUCAGGAGGAACCGCUCAGCAGGAGUGAUAGCUCUGAUACCAACCAGGAUAUAGGUGAUGCCACAUCGGUUUCUCUCCUCAACCUGGACCCCGGUGAACACACUCCUGAGGUGAGUCCUCAGACGCGACGUCGGGCCAGAGCGUCUCUCUCAGACAUCUCCAGCUUGAGGGACAUCGAGGGCCUGUCUGUCCGGCAGCUGAAGGAGAUCCUGGCCAGGAACUUUGUCAACUAUUCAGGGUGCUGCGAGAAGUGGGAGCUGGUGGAGCGAGUCAGCCGACUCUACAGAGAGACGGAGGAGAACAGGAAAUCAUUGGAAAAUGUGAGCAGUACGAUAACCACAGAUGGUGAGAAAGGUCCGCUGACGAUCCAUGACGACAACCUGUGCAGGAUCUGCAUGGAUGCUAUGAUCGACUGCGUUCUCCUGGAGUGCGGUCACAUGGUGACCUGCACCAAGUGUGGCAAGAGGAUGAGCGAGUGCCCGAUCUGCAGGCAGUACGUUGUGAGGGCCGUGCACGUCUUCAAGUCUUAAUGCACCACUGCAGCACCACAGCACCUGCUUCAGAGCAGCAGCUCAGUCUGAGACUGUACCUUAAAUCAACCACGCAGCUCAUUACCUUUGAAUCCCCAAAAAGACUUUUUUUUUUUGUGGAUGUUCCAUGUUUUUAUUCCCAAUUUCUCACUUAAUUUGCACAUUAAAAUAUGAAAAACAUGUAUUUCUUAAGAAUUGAACUCUUCAGUUUCGCCAGUCAGCAGAGUGGAGGACCCUACUCUCCCAUGAGUCGUUCCUACAGUAAACAUAUCUCUAAUCUGUGUUCAUUCCUAAGUGUCUAUUUUGCUUUUCUAACGAUUUUUCAAUGCAAAGAAUGUGUGGCACUCAGCCACGUGCAGUCUCGCUAAACACAACUCAUCACCCUCAGAUCUGCCUAUAAACUGUAGCCGGCACUCAGCACCUCUCUUUACAAACUGCUGCAAGUGACUACACAUCUUAGUAACACCGAUGAUGACGCACACUAAACCUCCCCACAGAGGAGAGGGGGUGAGAGAACUAGGUGCCAAAUAAUGGGUUAUGCCCUCAUGCUUCUCACCCAUUUUUUCCCUCUUACUGUGUGUGUGGGCCAGUGUGUGAUUCUUCAGCAGAAAGCACUUUGUUCACACUGUGUGUUAAUGCACCACUGCUCACAACCCACUGCAAACUAUGAACAGUAAAAGUGGCUGAGGUAGGAUGCGUACUAAUUCUUGAAUACUUGUCCAAACUAGAGCUUGAUUGAUUUUAUGUUUUAAAGACCACUAACUUUGUAAAUGUCAGUGAGAGAAGCUGAUCCGAAAUCAUUGAACUGGUGUUGUUUUUCAAUUUAGAGACUAGAGAUACUCAAGUGUUAACUCAGCCUACAAAUGAGCGGGCGCUCUGCCCUUGUGAUUCAAGGAUAUUGAUGAUUGAUGAUGGUGAUUCAUGUUUUAUUCACUUAUUUUAUUAUAGAAGCACUUAUCAUAAUGCAUUACAUGUUAAAACGACCAUACAAAGUCUGUCAUUACAGCAAUAGCUAAUCUCCACUGUCACCUCGGUCCUGUCUCGGCACUUUAGUGGAGACAAAUGACAAAAAACCGGUGCUAACUCAUCCGACCAUCUUCCCUGUUUUCCAGCUGAACUGUGGAUGUGAAACUGAAUGUUCUUUUUGUUUUGUUUUGUUUUUUUUGUUAUCGUCGUAUAUUGUUGGGAGUGGAAUGAAGUGUCUUAAUGCUUUUAGUUGAUUUUUCUCUCAUGUAGGAGUAAUGUAAUGAACUAAUGUAAUGAACUAACUAUUCAAAGAUAUAGCUACAAGUUUACUGACACCUGUGAUAUAUAGAAAGUAUAUAGAAAUAAUGACUUGCUAAUGUACAUUUGCAUAUAUUGAUCCAUAUGAGAUGUAUAUAUCUAUAUUUUUUCCAUUUGAUUUGAAUUGUGUAAUAUCAGAUUAUUGAAAUGUCCCUGGGAUUGGGUUAGUUUAUUA